CUGCUGCGCGAGUUCGAGCAGAGACGCAGGCAGCGCUCGGUCGCGGUCACUACCGACGACUCCCAGGUUCGCAAGCAGCUGAGGGCGCUCGGGGAACCGAUCACCCUGUUCGGCGAGGGGCCCGGCGAUCGUAGGGAUCGCCUCAGGAAGAAGCUCGCCGAGCUCGACGCGCAGGACGGCGGCGAGCUCGCGCUUCCCGAGGAGGCGCUCGUGGUGGAGGAGCAGGAGGUCCAGAAGGAGCUGUUCUACACCGAGGGAUCCGCGAACCUGAUGCGGGCCCGCACCGCCAUCGCCUCAUUCUCCCUCCCCAGAGCCAAGGCUAGGAUCGAGCGAGCCAAGAGGCGCAGGGCGGAUCCGGAGGUUGACGAGGUGGCCGACCUCGACGCCGCGGCGGCGGCGACGGCGAGCUUCGCCAACGAGACGUCGCAGCUGGGCGACGGUAGGCCGCUGAGUUCCGUGCGCUUCUCCACCCCGGACGACGGCGCGAUGAUCCUGAGCGCCUCGUGGGGCGGCGUCGCGAGGCUUUGGCGCCGCGACGGGUGCGAGAAGAUCGUCACCAUUCGAGCGCACGAGAAUCGGUGCACGGGGGCGGACUUUCACCCGAGUGCGACUUUGGCGCAGGUGGAGGAGACGGCGGCGAGCGGAUCCUCCGUGUCAACGACGGUGAGCUUCGGGACGGCGUGUGCCGACGGCGUGGCGCACCUCUGGUCCCCGGGGGGUAAGCACCUGCGGACCCUGAAGGGACACGCGGACCGGCUGGGUAGGAUGGCGUUUCACCCGUGCGGCGACUACGUGGCAACCGCGUCUUUCGAUAAGACCUGGCGCCUGUGGUCGGUGGAGACCGGGGAGGAGCUGCUGUGCCAGGAGGGUCACAGCAGGCCGGUGUACGACCUGAGCUUCCACCCGGACGGGGGUCUGUGCGCCACCGUGGGCCUCGAAGCACACGGCAGGGUCUGGGACCUUCGCUCGGGCAAGUGCGUGACGACGCUGGUGGGACACGUCAAGCAGUGCCUCUCCGUGGACUUCUCCCCCAACGGGUUCCACAUCGUGACGGGCUCGGACGAUCACACCGCGAGGAUAUGGGACCUGCGCAGGCGCGGGUGUUUGUACACCGUCCCCGCUCAUUCCUCGCUGAUAUCGAGCGUGCGAUACGAACCCAAGGAUGGGGGGUUCUUCGCGACGUCAUCUUACGACGGCACCGCGCAGCUGUACUCGUCGCGGGACUUUAGCCGGAUCAACACCCUGCGGGGGCACGAGGCCAGGGUGAUGUGCGCGGACGUGGCGCCGGGAGGUAACGAGCUGGCGACCGUGUCCUACGACCGGACGCUCAAGCUGUGG